UUCAGAGCCCCCCGGGGGCCGCGGGCGAGGGCCCGGGCGACGCGGACGACGAGGGCCCAGUGAGACGCCAAGGGAAGGUCACCGUCAAGUACGACCGCAAGGAGCUGCGGAAGCGUCUCAACCUGGAGGAGUGGAUCCUGGAACAGCUCACUCGCCUCUACGACUGCCAGGAGGAGGAGAUCCCAGAGCUGGAGAUUGAUGUGGAUGAGCUCCUGGACAUGGAAAGUGACGAUACCCGGGCUGCCAGGGUCAAAGAGCUGCUGGUUGACUGUUACAAACCCACUGAGGCCUUCAUCUCUGGCCUGCUGGACAAGAUCCGGGGCAUGCAGAAGCUGAGCACACCCCAGAAGAAGUAAGGGUCCCUGACCCAGGUGAACGGUGGCUCCCACAGGACAAUCGCUGCCCCUCAGACCUCGUAGCAACAGCAAUAACGGGGGACCCUGCAGCCAGGCCUGGUGCCAUGAGCAGGGCUCCCUGUGCCCCUGGCCUACGGGUCUUUUCCCUUGCCCCCUCAGUUUUCCAUUUUUGGGGUUUUUUUAUUGUUAUUAAACUGAUGGGACUUUUUGUGUUUUUAUAUUGAUUCUGCGGCACGGGCCCUUUAAUAAAGCUAGGACAUGCCUUUGGAGCAGUUAA